GUCCGUCCUCCUGCCCUCAGCCCCAACCAUCCCAGCUGCAAGCUCUGCAGCCUUCUCGCCCCGCCCAGGCCGCCGCUCGCAAUGCUUCCUCAAGCAGCGCGGCGUGCCGUCUUCCACCUUCCACGUCCCCCAGCCUCAGCCUGUCGACGACCGCCUGCACCCACCCGCUUCCCUCUCCCUCUCGGGCGACCCGUCCGGCAGCGCACCUUUGCUACCUCUCCGGCUAGAUUAGAUAGCCAAGCCAGCAAAUCUGCGGACGCGCUGCCUCCGCCCCCUCCGCCCAAACGGACCCUCACACGGCGGUUUCGCACCCUCUUCAAGUACUCCUUCUACCUUGCUGGUUCUACCGCAGUGGGAACAGCCGUGCUCAUAACUGCCAUCUUCCUGCACGACGCGUUCACUUAUGGCGAGCAGCACAUAGAGGGCGUACCCGUCUCCCCACUCGCGCUCAAGCCCGAGCUCGGAGGGCCUAAAAACUUGCCCAUCGUCCAGCGCUACCUCGGUGACUUCGAAGACCCUACAAACACUCAGCUCGUCGACAAGCCCCACCUCGUUAUCGUCGGCGGCGGCUGGGGUGCCGUUGGUGUCCUCAACUCGCUCCGUCCCGGUGAUUAUCAUGUCACGGUCAUCUCUCCGGAAACGUACACCACGUUUACCCCGCUCCUGCCUUCUGCUGCCGUCGGUACUGUUCAGGUGCGCUCCCUCGUGGAACCUCUGCGCAAGAUCAUCGCCCGGCUACGCGGACACCUAUUGAACGCAAGAGCUGUUGAUCUGGUUAUGAGCGAACGCCUGCUUGAAGUAGAGACUGCGUGCACGGACGGUCGCCCGCAGCGCAUAUACGUCCCGUACGACAAGCUCGUCAUUGCGGUCGGCUCCACAAGCAGUACGCACGGUGUCAAGGGUCUCGAGCAUUGCUUCCAACUCAAGACCGUCUCCGACGCACGCAUGAUCCGCCAACGCAUCCUCGACAACUUCGAAGCCGCUUCCCUGCCGACAACCUCGCCCGAGGAGCGCCGGCGGCUGUUGAGUUUCAUCGUGUGCGGCGGUGGGCCGACGGGCAUCGAGGCGGCCGCGGAGAUCUACGACCUCUGCCAGGAGGACGUGAUACGGUACUACCCUAAGAUCUGCCGGGAGGAGGUGUCGAUACACGUCAUCCAGAGCCGGGAGCAUAUCCUCAACACGUACUCGGAGGCGAUUCAGAAAUACGCGGAGGGCAAGUUCGUACACGAUCGGAUUGACCUGAUCAAGCCUGCGCGCGUCGCGGCGGUGUAUGACGACCGCGUGGAGUAUACGGUGAAGGACAAGGACGGCAAGACGGAGACGCUCGCGAUCCCGACGAACUUUGUGCUUUGGAGUACGGGCAUUGCGAUGAACCCGUUUUCGGAGAGGGUGUCGAACUUGCUGCCGAACCAGGUACAUAAGAAGGCGAUUGAAGUCGAUGCGCACCUGAGGGUCAAGGGUGCGCCGGUCGGUGAGGUGUACGCGAUUGGUGAUGCGUCCACGAUUGAGACGUCCGUCGUGAGCUACCUGCUUGAGCUUGUUGACGAGGCGGACAGGAACAAGGACGGCAAGAUCGACUUUGACGAAUUCGAAAUCAUGGUCAACCGUAUCAAGACCCGCGUGCCCAUGGCCGAGAGUGCCAUGGGACAUGUCCGGGAGCUGUUCAAGGCAUACGACAAGGACUCGGACGACGCGCUCACGCUGAACGAGCUCGCGGUGCUCCUCCAAGAACUCGGGAAUAAGAUCACGUCGCUCCCGGCGACCGCGCAGGUCGCCGCGCAGCAGGGCAAGUACCUCGGGCGCAAGUUCACGAAGUUCUCGAAGCAGCGGGCGACGCUCACGGAGAACGGGCUGUUCUGGGGCCCGGGCUCGGACGAGGUCGUCGCGGGGCCGUUCCGGUACCUCCACCUCGGCUCGCUCGCGUACAUCGGGAACGCGGCGGUGUUCGAUCUGGGGAAGACGAGCUUCAUGGGCGGCCUGGUCGCGAUGUACGCGUGGCGGAGCGUGUAUUGGAGCGAGCAGGUGAGCUCGCGGACGAGGGCGCUGUUGAUGAUUGAUUGGAUCGUGCGUGGUGUGUGGGGGAGGGACUUGUCUAAGCUCUGAAGCGGUUGGCCGCGUUGGUCACCCCCGCGUGAAGCGCCAAAAUCGCUGCUGUACCGAUCUUUUUAAAAUUUGCAGAGACAUUUGGAUGGACCACUCUAGACUUCUAGAUGUACCCUGAAGCCUUGUUUAGGAUACGGUGACGAUCUGCAAUGCGACGAUACUCCAAUUUGCUGAUGGUCCGCCGCUGUGCCAGCCUCAGGUGAUGUUGUUGAAGGGCGGUGCCGGCUGGACUCUACAGUGUGUACUAUUGUCUGCGAGGGUCGAGCCCUAUGUAUACAAGGCGCUAAGUGCACGCUGUGUGCGCUCUCUGAGCAGAC